UUUUACAUGUGUUUUUUUUUUCUCAAGCUUUGAAACCUAAUUGGAUUUACUUAUUCUCUGUCGUGGAAAAGAAAAAAGAAAAAGGAGGAGAAGAAGAGAAUCCAGAUGGUAAUGGCGGUGGACCCCUAAAUUCAACGCCCACUUUAUUUGAUCUUCAAAAUCCGGAGGCCGGGAAAAUGAGGGGGAAGUGAGAGUUCCAAGAGAAUGGGGAAUCACAAGUUCAGGAUUUCAGACAUGAUGCCGAACUCAUGGCUCUAUAAGCUCAAAGGCAUCAGGAAGAAGCUCCGCUCUUCUCCGUCGUCUCCCAAUUUCAGACAACGUUCCCCUGAAGCUUCUUCCUCAAGAAACCCUCUUCCUCUCCCUCCCCGCAAUGCCUCCAUCAAGCGAAGAACCAGACGCAAAACCCUUUACAAGCCCUCUCCCAGGCUUAAACUCUCCUCCUCCUCCUCCUCCUCUCUCAAAUCCAAGCCCUCCGAAUCUGUUGUUUCAGCCGUCACAACCUCGUCCGAGCAUGUUUCAUCUUCCCCUGAUCAUGGAUCGAGUUCUUGCGACAUUGUCAUCGACAUGAAGUACGUUUCUGUCGAGGAUAGCCGUGUUCCCGUCGGCUUUGGAAAGGAGGCACCUUUAGAGGCGAGGACACGGAAGAAGCCGACUUCCGGCAGUAGAAAAUCGAACGCUGGAGCUUUGGGGAUAAAGCUUCGGGUGAAUUCUCCGAAGAUCUCGAGGAAGAAAUCGUCUCGGGUUUCUGCUUCGAACGAACAAAAGGGUCCGGAAAAGGAGAACAAGGGGAUUGCAGAGAGUUUUGCGAUGGUCCUAACUUCGGUGGAUCCCGAGAGAGAUUUCAGGCAAUCGAUGGUCGAGAUGAUCGUGGAGAAUAACAUCAGGGAACAAAAGGAUCUGGAAGAUCUUCUUGCCUGUUACCUCUCCCUGAACUCGAGCGAGUAUCAUCACGUCAUCAUCAACGCGUUCGAGAAAACAUGGCUUCACUUGUCUAACUCGAGCUUGUAAAUGUACCUUCGCAUCUGCCAGUUCCUUAUGCAUAGUUCUACAAUUUGAGUUCAAGACUCAGUCUUGUCUCUCUCCGAAUCCUCGCGAAAGCCCAACUGGUUUUGCUUGUAACUUGUAUUCUGAACUUGCUGAACAGAGUCGUGUUGGAAACAUUUGUGUUUCUUUGAAUGCAAAUGUGGCUAGUGACCAAAAACUCCAACGUAUAUUCAUUACUGGAAAACCAUUGGUCAGCCCCGGACCGGCAUCUCUUUUCCUUUCUUUUCUUUGGUUCGGCGGACUGUUUGGCUUUUCAGCGCCUAGUCCGGGUAGGACCGGAUCUAAACCAACAGAGAGUAUGCCGAAUCUGUUUUUUUUUUCCGAGGUCGCGUCCCAUUACGUACAAACCAAAAUUCACAACACAACACCAAGCAUGUUUACAA